AUGGCCUUGAAUGAUCUCAUUACAGAGCUCCAGAGCCCUACCUUUCAGCUCGAAGAAUCGACAGAAAAGAAAGUCGUGGAUAAAGUUCUAGUCUUGAUGAAAGACAAAAACGGAGAGGUACAAAACCAGGCAGUGAAGUGCCUUGGGUCUCUUGUAAAAAAAGUUCAGGAGGCACAGCUACAGCAGAUUGUCGAUAACCUGUGCGCAUAUGUAUCCCAGGAUAAGGAGGACUUGCGUGAGAUUGCCAGCAUCGGUCUCAAGACGGUCAUUGUUCAAGUGCCUGUGAACUCGGUGGUUGCAGUCAAUGUCUGCAAGCGUCUAGUGCCUCGGCUUUUGUCACAGCUUGAGAGUUCCAACUCGAGUUAUGAUGCCCAGAUGGACGCAUUGGAUAUUCUCAGCGAGGUACUUCUCAGAUUCGGCAACAUUCUCGCCACCACCAACCUCCAGAAGCAGACUGCAAACACAUUGUUCACUCUCUUGGGUCAUUCUCGCCCAGCCUUGCGCAAGAGAGCCACCUUGGCUAUUGGUCACCUCGUGGCCCAUGUGCCAGACGAUAUCUUUGAGGACCUCUUGAAGAAGAUCCUCAACGGAUUAGAAACCUCUAAAAAUUCGCCCGACCGCCUUCGAACCUACAUUCAGGUCACUGGCACAAUCAGUCGCUCCAAUGCGCCGCGCUUCGGCAAGUUCCUGUCUGGCGUCGCUCCUUCAGUCAUCAAAUACACCGAACUGGAUGACGAUGAGCUGCGUGAGAACGCUCUUCAGGCUCUGGAGGCAUUCGUUCUGCGCUGCCCCACCGAAAUCUCCUUAUAUAUUGAUACCAUCAUUGAUCUCAGCCUAAAGUUCCUUCGUUACGAUCCCAACUAUGACGAUGGAGACGACAUUGAUGACGAUGAGGAUGAGAACAUGGACAGCGACAAUGAGGACGACGAGGACGAGGAUGAUGAUGGCGACUAUUCGGAUGAUGAUGACAUGUCUUGGAAGGUUCGUCGUACAUCUGCCAAGUUGCUCUCUGCCAUUAUCGGCACCCGCCAGGACUUGCUUGGACAGCUGUACGCCACCAUUGCACCCUCACUGAUCAGCCGUUUCAAGGAACGCGAGGAAACUGUGCGCGUGGAGAUCCUGCAGACAUUUAUUACUCUCCUUCGCCAGACCAACACGUACGGCGGUGCAGAAUAUGAGAUCGAUGUAAAUCUCGAAACCCUUACAAAGAGGCGUAAGGGAAGUCGCCCUGGAACUCCUAUUGAGACUGACCAGAGGUAUGACUUUGGAUUAUCAGACAAGAGCAGUCGUUUACAUUGUACUCUUUUGCGCAGUCAAGUGCCACGAUUAACCAAGAACUUGGCCAAGCAGAUGGUCUCUAAGUCUGUGCAGACACGCGUUUCUGGAUACAUUCUUCUCAAGGAGCUCGUCACGGUUUUGAAGGGUGGUCUAGAAGCCUCAUAUAUGCUCUUUGUCCCGUCCAUCCAGCAGUCGCUUUCGACCGCUUCGCAAAACGAUCACCAUCACUUGGGCACCAAUUCCAAUUUAAAAAUCGAGGCACUUGGAUUCUUACGCAGCCUUUUCCGUACGCAUGCCCCGGAAGUAUUCCAGAAGCAUCUUGACCAGCUCUGUCCGCCAGUCAUCUCGGCUAUUCAGGACAAGUUCUACAAGAUCUCUUCAGAGGCACUGGUUUGCUGUAUGGAACUCAUCAAGAUCGUUCGUCACAUGGACUUUGACGAAGAUGCCCAGAAGUAUUCCUACACCUCCUUGGACCCCUCCGCCAAGCCUUAUAUUCUCCAGAUCUACAAGGUGAUCUUACAGCGUGUUUCGACUGCCGAUGCCGACCAGGAAGUGAAGGAGCGUAGUAUUCUUUGCUUGGGCGUUCUCUUGUCGCGCGUCGGCGAUGAGCUCAAGGAGGAGCUGGUUGCCUGCUUGCCACUCUUACUGGAGAAGCUUCAAAAUGAGCUCACGCGCUUGAUGGCUGUGAAAACCUUGUCACAGAUCGUCGAAAGCCCUGUCUGUGCCGACGCUGAUAUCAAGGCCUCUAUUCUUCAAGCUGUCCCCGAAGUUGCGUCUCUCUUGAGAAAGAGUAACAGGCCCCUCAAGGUCGCCAGCCUUCACUUUUUGGAUGUCGCCAUUCGUCGGUAUACUUACGAUGAACUGCUCAGCGAGCUGAAGCCAUUGAUCACAGACGAGGAUCUUCAUCUCUUGCCCCUCGGCUUGACGUCUGUCGUGACGAUUCUGCACGCCAAUCCAUCUAGUAUUAACGUUGUUAAGCAGGAGAUUCUGCCCUCGGUUCUCAGACUCGUCAGGUCGCCAUUGAUCCAGGGGCAAGCGUUGGACAGUCUUUUGGCCUUGUUUGCAGCCCUUGUACGCACCAACGAUAAGGAAUUCCCAGGUUUGGUCAGCGGUCUUGUCGAGCCUGCCACUGCCCCUACCCCUGAGGGCCAGCUUGCUCUUUCCAAGCAGGCGUUCUCGACAAUCGCGCAGUGCAUCGCCAUCCUUUGCCUCAACUCUGACAAGAACAUGGAGAUGACAGUGGCCGAAUUUGUGAACAAGAUUGAGGCUCCUCAUACGCCCGAUUCGCUCAAAUACCUAUCCUUGAUCACUCUGGGAGAAAUUGGUCGUCGUGUCUCUCUGAAUGGUCAUGCUACGCUUCAUACGUCAAUUUUAGCCAUGUUCAAUGUUCACUCGGAAGAGAUUCGAUCUGCGGCUGCAUUCGCUAUUGGUAAUGUGAGCGCAGGCAACGUGAGCUUUUAUGUCCCCAUCGUCAUCCAGGAGAUCCAGAAGGAUCCCAAGAAGCGCUAUCUCCUUUUGCACGCGCUUAAGGAAGUCAUCACGCGCUACACCCAGAAGCAAGGUGGCCAGGAGUUGGAAGCACAUGCGUCGGAGAUCUGGAUUCUGCUGUUCGACAACUGCGAGAGCCAGGAGGAGGGCACCCGCAAUGUUGUUGCCGAGUGUCUUGGAAAACUUACUCUGACCAAUCCGUACAAGUUCUUGCCGGAACUCCAGGCUCGUUUGAGAUCAGAGUCCCCCCAGAUCCGUGGAACUGUCGUCUCCGCAUUCAAGUACACUUUCAUCGAUAACACUCGCAGUUACGAUGAACUCCUUCGACCACUCAUUGUCGAAUUCCUGUCUCUGAUGAAGGACCAGGAUCUGAACGUCCGUCGCCUCUCGCUUUCAACCUUGGAUUCUGCCGCACACAACAAGCCUUACCUGAUCCGCGAUGUCUUGAGCCAGUUGUUGCCUCUGCUCUACCAAGAGACGAAUGUGGUGGAGGAACUGAUUCAUAUCGUGGAGAUGGGGCCAUUCAAGCACAGAGUUGAUGAUGGUCUCGAGAUCCGAAAAAGUGCCUUCGAGUGCAUGUAUACACUUUUGGAGAAAUGCAGGGAUAAGGUGGAGAUUUUUGCAUUUAUCGACCGCAUUCUUGUUGGUCUUACCGAUCAGCCAGAUAUCAAGAUGCUCUGCCACCUAACGCUCGUACGCUUGUCAAUUGUUUCGCCUACUGCCGUUGCACAAAGAUUGGAUGAUAUGGUUGAGCCUUUGCAGACUACACUCAACUACAAGCUGAAGCCGACAGCUGUGAAGCAAGAGUUGGAGAAGAACCAGGAGCUCGUACGAUCAGCACUUCGCGCAAUUGCGUUCCUGUCCAAGCUUGCGGAUCCUGCCUUAACGCCCAAGUUUACACAGUUCUUGCACGAGGUCAGGGCCGGGCCCAACGCGUACGACCUGAACCAGUAUAUUGCCGAGAGCGAAAGCCGCGACGAUCUUUACUCAAGUAACUUUAAGAGCGAGGCCAUGGACCUCAGCUAA